AUGGCCAUAGAUAGCGGAACUAAGGAGCAGUCGCACAAGGAACAUAGGUCCAGGCAGUCGGGUUCCAAGGCCGACAAGAAGAAGCGUGACGCUUCUUCCCAAAGCGGCAAGAAGCAAAACCCAAAGGCAUUUGCUUUUAGCUCAACUGUGAAAGCCAAGCGUCUUCAAUCUCGCUCGGUCGAGAAAGAGCAGCGCAGGCUUCAUGUCCCAACCAUUGAUCGUUCCUAUGGCGAACAACCUCCAUAUGUUGUUCUGGUGCAUGGACCUCCCAAGGUUGGCAAGUCUUUGUUGAUUAAGUCUCUUGUGAAGCAUUAUACCAAGCAUAGUUUACCGGAGGUUCGAGGCCCAAUUACCAUUGUUUCAGGGAAGCAAAGGCGGGUGCAGUUUGUGGAGUGCCCAAAUGAUAUCAAUGGUAUGAUUGAUGCUGCAAAGUUUGCUGAUUUAGCACUACUUCUAAUUGACGGAAGCUAUGGUUUUGAAAUGGAGACAUUUGAAUUCCUGAACAUAUUGCAAGUUCAUGGCUUCCCAAAGGUUAUGGGAGUUCUUACUCACCUUGACAAGUUUAAAGAUGUAAAGAAAUUGAAGAAAACAAAGCAGCACCUCAAACAUCGUUUCUGGACUGAAAUAUAUGAUGGAGCUAAAUUGUUUUAUUUAUCUGGUCUCAUUCAUGGAAAGUAUGUCAAACGUGAAAUUCACAAUCUGGCACGUUUCAUAUCUGUUAUGAAGUUCCAUCCUUUAUCUUGGCGAACUGCUCAUCCUUAUGUUUUAGUAGAUCGUUUUGAAGAUGUCACUCCUCCUGAAAAAGUGCGUUUGAAUAAUAAAUGCGAUAGAAAUGUCACACUGUACGGUUAUUUGCGGGGCUGUAACAUGAAAAAAGGAACAAAGAUUCAUAUUGCUGGUGUUGGGGAUUACAGUUUAGCUGGUAUGACAGGCUUAGCUGAUCCUUGUCCCUUACCCUCAGCUGCCAAAAAGAAGGGACUGCGUGAUAAGGAAAAAUUGUUUUAUGCACCCAUGUCUGGACUUGGGGAUCUCCUGUAUGAUAAAGAUGCUGUCUAUAUAAACAUAAAUGACCACUUUGUCCAGUUUUCCAACAUUGAUGAAAAGGGUGAAGCAACAAAUGAAGGCAAGUGCCAAGAUGUGGGUGUGGCUUUGGUAAAAUCUCUUCAGAACACAAAAUAUUCAGUUGAUGAAAAGUUAGAGGAGAGCUUCAUUAAUCUAUUUAGUCGGAAGCCUAAUUUAUUGUCAAAGGCUCAAAGUGAUGGAAAAGAUACUGAUGAAUCUAGAGAACAUAUUGGUAGAAUAGAGUCUUUUGAGGAAUAUCAGUCUGGGGAAGCAACCAAAGGUGAAGGUUCUGCCGAAGAAGGUGAUGCGGAGGAUUUUGACGGUUCAGAAUCAGAAUCUUCAGAUAAGAAUGAAGCAGCUCAUAAAGAUGCAUCGGAUCACGAUGCUACUCUUAAAGAUCACCUGAAGGAACAUGUUGAGUUUCAUGAUGGAAGGUCAAGGAGAAAAGUUAUCUUUGGAAAUGACCUUGAUCGUAACAAUAUGGAGGAUUCAGAUUUAGAGGCUGAAGAUGACGGCAAUGACAACAAUGAGGAUGAUAUUCAUGCAUCUUCUGGUUCAGAGUCUUCAGAGGAAGAUGAAGAUAUUCAUGAAACAGAUGAUGAGAUGGGAAACAUUGCAAAGUGGAAAGAAUCUUUGGUAGAAAGGACUUCCUCAAGACAAAUUAUUAACCUUAUGCAACUUGUAUAUGGGAAAUCUACAUCGACACAAGCAACUUCUAUCAAUGAAGAACAUGAUGGUAGUGCAGAUGAUGAAAGUGAUGGAGAUGACUUUUUUAAGCCAAAAGGAGAAAGAAACAAGAAACAUGGAGGAAUAGAAGGCAGAAAUUGGAAUGUUGAGGACUGUUCCAAAUUCACAAAUUAUUCGAAUCUCAAAGACUGGAAAGAGGAAAAGCUUAGGGAGGGUAUUCGUGAUCGUUUUGUUACUGGUGAUUGGUCGAAAGCUUCUCAAAGAAAUCAAGCUGCUGAGGCUAAAGUUGAAGAUGAUGAUGCUGUGUAUGGUGACUUUGAAGAUUUAGAAACUGGGGAGAAGCAUGAUGGGAAUCAUUCCGAUGAUGCAAGCAAUGAUGCAAACCACAAGGAAGAUGAUUUGGCCAAAGAGGAGAGGAGGCUGAAAAAGCUUGCUCUUCCUGAGUCAUCUGAAGAGGAGCUUGAGAAUAAACACGAAGGCAAAUUUGGUAGAGAUCAAUCCAAAGAAAGUGGCUAUUUUGAUAAGCUGAAGGAUGAGAUUGAACUUCGGAAGCAAAUGAAUAUAGCUGAACUCAAUGACCUGGAUGAGGCCACCCGAUUAGAGAUAGAGGGUUUCCGGACAGGGACUUACCUAAGGUUGGAGGUUCAUGAUGUCCCUUAUGAGAUGGUUGAAUAUUUUGACCCCUGCCAUCCUAUUUUGGUUGGAGGAAUUGGUCUUGGUGAAGAAAAUGUCGGACACAUGCAGGCCAGGUUAAAGCGGCAUAGGUGGCACAAGAAAGUACUUAAGACUAGCGAUCCUAUUAUUGUUUCUAUCGGGUGGAGGCGGUACCAAACAAUACCUGUUUAUGCUAUUGAAGAUCGUAAUGGAAGGCAUCGCAUGCUUAAGUACACUCCUGAACACAUGCAUUGCCUUGCAAUGUUUUGGGGCCCUCUUGCCCCUCCUAAUACUGGUGUGGUUGCUUUCCAGAAUUUAUCAAACAAUCAGGUGCAGUUUAGGAUCACAGCAACUGCUGUUGUGCUUGAGUUCAACCACGCAUCACGAAUAGUGAAGAAACUCAAACUAGUUGGUCACCCCUGCAAGAUCUUCAAGAACACUGCACUUGUAAAAGAUAUGUUUACGUCAGAUCUUGAAAUAGCUCGAUUUGAAGGAGCUGCUGUUCGAACUGUCAGUGGCAUUCGGGGGCAGGUGAAAAAGGCUGCAAAAGAAGAAAUUGGUAACCAACCGAAAAAGAUGGGUGGACAACCAAAAGAAGGGAUAGCUAGGUGCACCUUUGAGGAUAAAAUUAAGAUGAGUGACAUUGUUUUUUUGCGUGCUUGGACCCAAGUUGAAGUUCCUCAGUUUUACAACCCAUUGACGACAUCACUGCAACCUCGUGAUAAGACCUGGCAAGGGAUGAAAACUACUGCUGAAUUGAGGAGAGAACAUAAUAUUCCUAUUCCUGUUAACAAAGAUUCACUGUACAAGCCCAUUGAAAGGAAGCUGAAGAAGUUCAACCCAUUGGUGAUUCCUAAGUCAUUGCAGGCUGCUUUACCAUUUGCUUCAAAGCCUAAGGAUAUACCCAGUAGAGGAAGGCCACUUCUUGAAAAUAGAAGAGCUGUUGUCAUGGAACCUCAUGAACGGAAAGUUCAUGCUCUUGUUCAACAUCUUCGAUUAAUUAGAAAUGAGAAGAUAAAGAAGCGCAAGCUAAAGGAUGAUAAAAAAAGGAAAGAAAUUGAAGUGCAGAAAGCCAAAGAAGAGCAAUUGUCGAAAAAGCGCCAGAGAGAAGAACGACGAGAGAGAUAUCGGGAGCAAGACAAACUGAAGAAAAAAAUCAGGAGAAAUGCAGAGGACUGA